AUGCCCCGUGCGCGCUAUGCGGGCCCAGCGCGCUGGCGGCUUGCGCCCCGGAGCCUUGUUGCCGCAGCGCGCUGCGCGAAGGGGACACUGGCGACUUGCCUGAAAAUAUCUCCCAACGCGCAACCCCCAGCGCCACCUUGCUCCUCCUUUCACGCCGCCACGCAGAUCAUUCCAUGGGAUCUGAACUGGACGAAGCGCGUGCACCUCCCGCAGAUUUUUAUCGUGUUCAGAUGGGUGGACUUGGCGUGGCAUGAUCUGUGGAUCAUGGACGAUGAGAAAGCAUUCAAAGCCUGCGACUUCAAGCGGGCAAAGCGCCUUCGACCCCUUGUUGUUGGCGGGCAGUACAAAUAUACUGUCACUAAUAUCGGUGGCUUUUAUUUCGCCUCAAGUGGCCUUCUGCAGUGUAACUAUUACAAAGUGAAGCUGUCGUUUAAAUUGUUGGCCCCUCCGUAA